CACAUCCCUUUCGGGGGUUCCCCCCCAGUUCGCCCCAGCUCAGCCGCUCCUGCCCUCGGGGCAGCUGCCCCGCGAGUCCGCAGAGCAGCGGCAGGCGGGCGAUGGAGACCGGGAGACACUGGGCGAGAGGAGGCGGGGUGGGGGAGGCGGGGAGAGCGCGCGGGCGGAGGCUGGCAGGGGGCGCUGGAGGAAGGAGUCGCCCGUGCGCUCCUGGCGCCCGAGGGUGCAGGAGGCUCUGAAGCCGCGGCAGCACCGCGAGCCUCCCGGGCACGGGCGGCGGCGAGGCUGGGGGGUGGGGGGCGCGGGGCGCUGCCGCGGCCGGGGGCGUCGCGGGCCUCGGCCCCUUUGUUCUCGCGCGCUCCCCCUCGCCGCCCACUCCCCUGCUGUCGCGCGGCGGCGGCGGCGGCGGCGGCGGCGGCUCCUCCCGCCCGAGGCAGUCGGGCUGGGCGCCGGGGGCGGGAGGGGGCGGGGGGAGCGCGCCCGCCGCCGGGAGUGGGGGGCGAUGGCGAAGCUCCGGGUGGCUUACGAGUACACGGAAGCCGAGGACAAGAGCAUCCGGCUCGGCUUGUUUCUCAUCAUCUCCGGCGUCGUGUCGCUUUUCAUCUUCGGCUUCUGCUGGCUCAGUCCCGCGCUGCAGGCUCUGCAAGCCACGGCGGCCAACUGCACGGUGCUGUCGGUGCAGCAGCUCGGCGAGGUGUUCGAGUGCACCUUCACCUGUGGCGCCGACUGUAGGGGCACUUCGCAGUACCCCUGCGUCCAGGUCUACGUGAACAACUCCGAGUCCAACUCCAGGGCGCUGCUGCACAGCGACGAGCACCAGCUGCUGACAAACCCUAAGUGCUCCUAUAUCCCUCCCUGUAAGAGAGAAAAUCAGAAGAACUUGGAAAGUGUCAUGAAUUGGCAACAGUACUGGAAAGAUGAGAUUGGUUCCCAGCCAUUUACUUGCUAUUUUAAUCAAUUUCAAAGACCAGAUGAUGUGCUUCUGCAUCGCACGCAUGAUGAGAUCGUCCUCCUGCAUUGCUUCCUCUGGCCCCUGGUGACAUUUGUGGUGGGCGUUCUCAUUGUGGUCCUGACCAUCUGUGCCAAGAGCCUGGCAGUCAAGGCAGAAACCAUGAAGAAGCGCAAGUUCUCUUAGAAGGGAGGAGGCUUGUGGGAAGCAAAGCACAGAAGCUGUAUCCAUCUGCACACAUCUACCUGCAGAGCCUGUUUCCGGCGCAGGAGACGGAAGAGGCUCUGAGAGGUCUCGGAGAGGUUCCUCCCUCAACGGUAGCGGCAGCAGCAGCAGGCACAACUGGAAGCCUUGGAACCUCGCAGAUCGGAUUCUGUGUGUUGUAGCGAUGGCUCAAGGGUGAAGCUCUUAGCAGUCUGGAGUAUCAGUGUCAGAACAUGCGAUAAGAGGUUCAUUUUCUUUGGAAAGUAACAGUAUAUAAUUGUACAGUGUAGUAUACAAAUCAUUAUGAUUUAUGGUAUUUAAAAAUAUUAAAAUAGAGUGGUCUGUGUUCUUUUCUAUUUCCUUUUUUUAUGCUUAGAACACGGGUUCAAAAAAAAAAAAGGUCUUCUGGGUUUCAUUUCGUUCUGCGAGACUGAACUUUUACUUGGAGGUGAGGAUUCCUAUCCUAUACAAGUCUUGACGUCACUAUAUAAUCCCCAGUUUCCAUUAUUAAAGAGUAUCUUUUGACUCUUGCUUGAAGGAAGGUUACUGCGCUGUUAACUGAGUCUUCUGUCACUUCUGUGACUCUUCGGCAAGCGACGCUCAAAGAUUGGAAACCCAUAUCCUGCAACACUUGCCUUUGACUACCCAUUAGUUUUCACCAGAUUAUUUCUUAAGAGAGGAAAUGGUUAUGCACAAGGCCUGUCCUCGCUCUACGAGCACUGCUCUCCUUAUUCAUCUGUUCAUGUCAUUUUUGAUGGAUUUUAUCCCCUCGUACAAUAGAAUGUACAUGAUGUGAAGGACACUUUUCAGCUUAGUUCAACGUUGUUUUCAUUUCUUUUGUAGGUCAGAAAAAAAUAUUCCAAAUUUGUUUAAACAGUUUGUUUCGAUUUCCUUUGUCCUUGCCUUGAUGUUACCAGUAUUAAAGCAAGAAUAUUGCGGCAGUUGUUUAGUUUGCGUGGACAAGCCUGGAGAUGCAACCCAGCUCGCAUCACUGCUGAGCUUUCUGUGCCUUUAUCUAAAGUUCAUUGAGGAGACCAGACUUCUUUGCAUUUGUUUAUAAAUUCAAAUUCCAAAUACCAGUCACAGGUCUCAGUGAAUAUCAAACCUACCCUAUUUAUUUAUCAAGUGGAAUCAAACUUUGUUUGGAUGAAAUGUAUAUUGACAACGCUAAUUUCUUUUUGUUUUCUUCUAAUAUUCUUCAACAUGCUUUUAGUAGAAUAACGACAAAUUAGAAUUUAAGGACAAGCUCCCCUCAGUUAUUUGCUCAGAGUUCCAAGAAAAAUACAUAUUAGUGGAAUGACGAUUUUGUGACUUUUAGUCCACAUACCACUGUUCUUUUAAUUUUAGAAUGCAAGUAAUUGAGAGAGUCAUAGUCUUCUGUGGAAGGGCGCUGGAUGAGUAUGAUUAUUUUUUUCUAAUUCAAGUGUUACAGGUUGUACUGUGAACAAGACCUUGAACACACUAUUUAUGACAUCCUUUGAAGCAGCUAUAGUGCCUUGACUUCAAGGUUUUCUAUUGCAGCGUCCCUGUGGUUUUAGCAACACAAUAAACUAUUCUGAAGCAGAGUCACAUGAACAUGGGAAUCAGAGAAAAUCAUCUUAGCAUCCCAUUGUGGGAAAGGAAGUCGACUUUAUCUAUUUUAUCUUAAUCCAAUAAUCUGUGAUGCUUAUGUAAUCUAUGAUAACAGCCAGUUAAAUUUGAGAUACUUUAUUUAUAAUUGUCAUUAAAGAUAAAACCUAAAGAAAUAAGGAAAUAACAUUUUCAAAAUCAUAAAAGGCAAAGAAACUUAACUUCUUAAUAUUUUAACUCUCUUUUUUUGUAUAAGUGGUCUAAGACUCCAAAAUAAUGAUCUCUCACAUAAGACAGAAGUUUAUUUCUUCCUUACACAGCUAUCCACGUGUAGCUGAGAAGUCUAGGGCAGGUAGGGCAUCUCCGUUUCACAAGUUAAUCAAGGGACCCAGGAUUCACCUACCUUAUUCUUUCAUUACCAAGGGUAAUGGUCAAAGCUGUCUCAAAGAAGCACAUCCACUGUAUAAAAAGAGGAAGUUGGGAGCAAGCUAUUUCCAUUUAAGGAGAUGUCAGCCAUCACUUCUGCUCGUAAUCCAUUCAUAACUACUCACUACGUACUCGUAGCUAUCCCUAGCUUCAAGGAAGGCUGGGGCAUGUUAUAUCCAGCUAGGUGGACAUAUGUUCUAAAACUCCAGGGUAAAGGUUCUAUUACUAAAAGGAAAAGGGGAGAGUGAAUACUAGAGUAAAAGGAAAGAAGGAUGCAUAGCCAUGAAUAGCUCAUGCCAUGAUGAAAAUCUGAGCAGGGCUGACAAAGAUCCCUUGCCCUGGCAGGAAAUAAGGUCCUUGGUUAAACCUUGAAUCUGCUGUCUGGGAGAAACUUUUGUCUAUCGUCCUCUGUGGUCCCAGGCUUGACUUCUAGGAAAUUCUUGCUCAUCAGAUUCAUAACCACAUCUAAAACUUUUGGGGGCAUCACAGCUUUUGCAGGCCCCUGCCUGCUGGUACAGAUUUGUGACCUAGAUUUCCUUAGGGACUGAGCAAACAUAGGCUCUUAGAGGCUAGGAUUAUAGUUCAUUUGGCUGUGAUAAAGAGGCCAACUCCGUUUUUGAUGUGUGAAUGCUGACAGCUUUCAAGCCUCUUCAUUCCCCUUUGCUCCUAAGCUCCAUAUUAGAAAGCUGAUUAGAAAGCCUGGGGGCCUCCUUCUUUGGGCCAGGUGGGAAGUUCAAAUUUAUACAAGCUCUGGCCUGCACACAGGAACCCUCACCCCAGCCUCACACUCUAAGAACAAUAAAAGUCAAGCCAGUCCAGUCAUUUUUUGGAUCUGCCUGGGGACUUGCCCUGCUCUCCCCAGAAAGUCUCAUUAUGUGAAUAAUAAACCUUUUCAUACCCUCUU